AUGACCCUCCCAAGGCGAGGAUACUCCACGCACCCGCCCAAUGCGAAGCUGAACCUCCCCGUCGACUACAGCACCACGCCCCUCUUGGCACACAGCUCCCAGGCCGCUCUGCACAACCCGGAACUACCCCUCGACGUUCGCGACGGCGCCACGAAGCGUAUGAACCUCUUCCAGGCCAUCAACGACGCCCUGUCCCUGGCCCUCGCCGAGGACGAGUCGGUUCUUCUUUUUGGCGAGGAUGUCGCUUUUGGUGGUGUCUUUCGGUGUUCCAUGAAGCUGGCCGAGAUGUACGGCGGCGACCGCGUCUUCAACACGCCUCUCUCAGAGCAGGGCAUCAUGGGUUUCGCCAUCGGUGCCGCCGCUGAAGGCAUGCGGCCCGUGGCCGAGAUCCAGUUCGCCGACUACGUAUUCCCCGCCUUCGACCAGAUGGUCAACGAGGCUGCCAAGUUCAGAUAUCGGGACGGGACCUGUGGGCGCCACGUCGGCGGGCUGACGGUGCGUAUGCCGUGCGGUGCCGUCGGCCACGGCGCUCUGUAUCACUCGCAGAGCCCCGAAGCGCUGUUCACACACGUGCCGGGCUGGAGGGUAGUGAUGCCGCGCAGCCCGCUCCAGGCCAAGGGUCUGUUGUUAGCGGCCAUUCGGAGCAACGAUCCGGUCGUGUUCAUGGAGCCCAAGGUCCUGUACCGCGCGGCGGUGGAGCAGGUUCCCGUCGCGCCGUACGAACUGCCUCUCUCCAAGGCGGAGGUGCUGAAGGAGGGCAAGGACCUGACCAUCGUGUCGUACGGCCAGCCGCUGUACCUAUGCCUCAACGCCAUCAGGCAGGCCGAGCAGGACUUGGGAAUCAGCGCCGAGCUGAUCGACCUGCGGACUAUCUACCCGUGGGACAGGAAGACGGUGCUCAGGAGCGUGCAGAAGACUGGCAGGUGUAUAGUCGUGCACGAGUCCAUGGUCAACGCUGGCGUAGGCGCUGAGGUCGCCGCGGCCAUCCAGGAGGAUGCAUCGACGUUUGUCCGCCUGGAGGCCCCCGUGCUGAGGCUGGCGGGCUGGAGUAUACCGACGCCGCUGGUGUUUGAGAAGUUUAACAUACCCGAUGUCGCGAGGAUAUACGAUGGUAUCAAGAAGAUUUUGAAUUACUAG